AUGUCUGACUCUUUGGCGACCACAUGGACUGCAUCCCACCAGGCUUCUCGGUCCAUGGAAUUUUCCAGGCAAGAAUUCUGGAGUGGGUUGCUAUUUCCUUCUGCAGGGAAUCAUUCUGACCCAGGGAUCGAACCGGUGCCUCCUGUAUCUCCUACACUGGUAGGCAAAUUCUUUAUCACUGCACCAUCUGGGAAGCCCCCCAGAUUUCUUCUUCUCGAAAGGGAUGCACACACACACACACACACACACACACACACUCCUUAUUCAGAGUUGAGUCAAAAAGAUGGAAAAGAUGAAGAAAGUUGUAGCAUGUUUUAA